AUGUUUGGUAUUACAAGCCGUCCUUACCAUCGCUGGUCAUCAUUUGCACAAGCCCUUAGAAUACUGCAAAGUGGUACGACCCUAGCCCUCGAGCUCGACCACUCCUCGUUAUUUUUCUCCAAAAGAAAUAUUACCAGCUGCUGCCACCAUACUAAACCCGCUUCGCAUACGCCCACUUCGUCAAACUCAAUAUGGACACCCUCCCCGCUGGCGGAAUCUCGCUUGAGGUCCGGCUAUUCCCUCAAGCCUGCGCACACAAACCGUGUCGUGACCCGGCGGUAUGCCUCUACAACACCAAAGGACUCUCAACCCGAUCCCCAGGCGAAGACGGUCUCAAAACGGCCCGCUAAAAAGAUGGAGCAGUGGCGUUUGCAGAAGGAAGCUCUGAAAAAGAAGUUCCAGGAAGGUUGGGCUCCACCGAAACGCCUUUCACCUGAUGCUAUUGAGGGAGUAAGAGAGCUUCACCAGCAAAAUCCCCAGAAGUUUAGCACUGCUGUCUUGGCAGAGCAUUUUAAAAUGUCACCAGAAGCAAUCCGCCGGAUCUUGAAGAGCAAAUGGCGUCCGUCCGAGAAGGAGAUGGAGAAGAGGCGAGAGAGAUGGGAGAGACGGGAAACACGUAUAUGGGACCAUAUGUCUGAGCUUGGUUUGCGGCCUCUGAGGAAAAGACCAUCCAGCCCUGCUUCAGAUAAGUCUUCGGACGCAGAGACACGAAAUCGACAGCCGCUUCAUUCGAUUGCAAGCACCCUUCUUAUCCAAAGGGAUAUUAGCCCGAUGUGGGUGUUACUAUUGCGCUAG